GAAGAUUAGUUGGGUUUGAACUUUGAAGGGUCGAGCACUUGACAUUGAGAUGAAGACGACGGAAAGGGUGAAGAGUGGAAGAUGAUGAAGCAGAGGAACAUGGUUCUCACAGUUUCUUAUCCACAGUCUUUCUUCCCUUCUUUCACGGUAAACCCAUCAAUCUCUCUGCAAAGAGUGCGGACUCAGCUGGGAUUCAGAAAUUCACUCGUAAAUCUUCCCAAAUCGUUCCCAAUCCAUUGUGCUGCAAACCCAAAUACCCAAAACCUCAGAACUUGCAAGAAUUGCAAGACCCAGUUCGACCUUUUGCUCAAUCACCCUCGCGCCUGCCGCUUCCACACUGCCCAUUUUGGAGGAGAAACAAAGAGGAAAUUUGAGAGUGUUUACUCUGGUGGCACCAUGGAUACUCCGGACUCUGGAAAAGUUUUUCAAUACUGGCAUUGCUGUGGCUCUGAGGACCCCUUGGAUCCUGGAUGCACUGCUGCUCCUCACUCCUCAUAUGAUGACUAAUGCCUUUCAUCCUGAAACUCGAACAUUUAAUUGAAAAAAAAAAUAAUAAUCUCAUAAUGAAUUCCCGCCCCCUCCCCCCUAUUUCAUUUUUUUCUUUUGUCAUUUUAAUUAUUUUACUUGUUUAAGGAAGUUUCCACAUCUGCGUACACAUUUUUAGCCUUGUAUGCGGGGUACACAUCUUCAGGAAUGUAAGUCACGAUUUGUCCUUAGGAUUUGCUUCUAGUUUUCAUUUUGAUGCAUCUUCAAGAAAGGCUAAUCAUUUUC